UUUUUUUCUUGUCAUCUCUCUCUUCUUUUUUUCUCGUUUUAUUGUAUCUUUCUCUAUGAAUUCACUUCAUGUUACUGAAGUGAAAAAUCUCGUGGAACAACUAUACACUUCUAUAGAUCCUCAAGUAACGAAAACAAUUCAAGAACAACUUCAAGCAAUACAAAGACAUCCAGAAGCAUGGGAAUUAGCAUCAAAUCUUCUCUCUAUUCCGUCUGAUCAUUGUCGAUUUUUCGGAGCGCAUACAAUUCAAGUCAAGAUAGCUCGUGAUUGGAACACUCUCCCAUCAGAUAGAAUCGACUGGCUUCGAGACGAACUUUUUACUUGGAUUAUCAAAUGCAGCAAUGGAUCUAUGUUUGUCACGCGAAAACUUUGCAUUGCUUUGAUUGCUUAUGCUUUUCAAGUUGUACCAAAUUAUUGGCAACAAUUUAUUCCUCAAUCUAUCCAAGCAUUUAUAUCUGGAGCUCAAGCUUAUGGUGUAUCGACUGAAAAUAUCAAUCAAACUAUUUUGGAAUUCCUCACAAUGCUACCCGAAGAGAUUUCUAAUGCAGAACUUAUUGGUGGACAAAAAUCUCAAUUAAUGCAAGAAUUCAAGGAUGGUCUUCCUUUAGUAUUAUCAACUUUAUCCAACUUUCUUUUUGCUCCAGAGACUACUGAUGUGUCCCUUCUCCAAAAAUCAUUGAAAUGUUUUCAGAGCUGGAUUCAAUAUGGGAUCAAUAUAGAAGAUGUGGCAUUAUUAUUAACACAAACAAUGUCUCUUCUAGCCAAUGAUGAAUUAUUUGAAGCAGCAGCGGAUGUAUUAUUAGAGGGUAUGCAACAAAGCUCUUGGACUAGGUACAACUCAUUUCGAGACAAUCUUUUAGUUUGUUUCACAAGUGAUGGUAUGAAAAAGAAAUUUGCUGACUGUAUUCAAGACGAAGAUGAUGAUCUUGGUCGAUCUCUGGCAAAACUAUUCACAACUUUUGGAGAAACAUUUACUGAUUUCGUUGCUUUGCAAUUGGCAAGAUCAGAUAUUCAAUGCUUAAUGGAUAUGACAUUACAAUUGACAGGCUUCCAAGGAUAUUAUCCUGUUGAUCAAGAAAUUAGUGAAAUCCCUCUCAACUUUUGGUAUGUUCUGCAAGAAACAUUAUUUGACCAUGGUAUUAUUCCUGUUCGACAAUUUGAAAUGGCUAAACGGGAUGGCGAUGAUGAUGUAUCACUGGAUUCAACUACAUCUGAUGAACAAAGAUUAUGGACUCAACACUGUGGUGAAACAGCUGUAAUUCUCUAUCAACGAUUGGUAACAGUGAUCAAACAAAAAGCUAUCUUUCCAAAGGAUGAUGUAUGGCGAACAUGGACAAAAGAUCUCAAGGAUAAAUUUAGAAUAUGUCGUCGUGAUUUGGGUGACACUAUUAUUAAUUCUUAUUAUGUUUUACGUGGUGAUAUGUUGGCAGUUUUAUUCAAUCAUAUUUUUACGGUACUAGCUCAAUGGAACACUAUAUCAUCACCUGGUUUAGAUUUGGAAGCGACACUCUUUUGUUUAAAAAGUGUUUCUGAAGAAAUUCCUGCGGACGAAAAUGAACAUGUGGCAAAACUCUUUGGUGCUGAUAUCUUGGGAAGAUUACCAUCUGAAAACAAUAUUCGAUUGCAAAACACUGCAUUAUCAUUGACAGGAUCCCUUGCGGAAUGGUUAAAGGGUCGUUCCGAGUUUUUGAUACCAGCUUUGAAUUAUAUAGUUCCAUGUCUUAGUUCUCCGAAACUCGCUUCUUAUGCAGCAUCUGCCUUCUCCAAUAUAUGUGACAUAUGUCGUGAGUCUUUGAUUGAUGAUUUAGAUAGUUUGAUGCACGUUUAUAGUACCACUUCCGCGGCAAGAAUUGAUGUCAAUGUUAUGCACAAAGUAGUGGAAUCGGUAGCUUCUGUGAUUCAAGUAUUACCACCAGAACGAUCCAUGGGACCUCUUAUGAUCUUGACUGGCAGUAUCUUACAAGAACUUGGAACAUUACUAGUACAAGAUCCUGCUACUACUCGAACUGCAGUGUUAUCUCAAUUACAGAAUCUUUCAGCAUGUUGUCGAGGUAUUCAAACACCAACAGAUGAUUAUCAAACAUUGACUGCUAGAAACAAUAUUUAUGAUAUCUUUGCAAGUGGGCAAUUGACGGCAAUGUAUACGAAUGUGGAUGGUUUUGAACAAAUGACAUUUGCUAUAGGUGAUACUGUUCGACGUAUUACGAUGAUAUGGGGUGGUGAUGAAGAAGUGAUGAAGGCAUUAUCACAGUUUCUUGAAGCAGGAAUUCGAUCAACAAGUCCAUUAUUAACAUUACCUUUCCAUGAAUUGGUAUCUCUCAUUGAUACUGGUUAUCAAACAUCCCGAUUUGCCUCUUGGUUGGAUACAACUGCCUUUGUCAUGACAGUUUAUGGUGGUCAACAAAACAACGUUAUUGUAUUACGAGAUUUACUUUCAAGUUUAACUGAAAAGACCUUGAAUUUUAUCAGCAGGACUGAAGAUAUGGAAGAACACCCAGACAAUGUAGAUAGUUAUUUUAAUCUUCUUUCAAGGGUCAUUCAAAGGUGCCCAAUGGUGUUUUAUGAACUUUCUCCUGUUAUGUUGAAUACUAUUUUCCAAUUCACUAUUGCUGGUAUGGGAAUACAAGAACGAUUGGCGUUGAAAGCUUCACUCAAUUUUAUGGCUGAUUUUGUCGCUCAAGAUUAUAAAGAAGGAAGUAAAAUGGAUGAAGUGAUAAAUAAAAUGAUUAUGGAACUAGGAUUACAAAUAAUGGAACAAUUGUUGGCGGGUAUUGGUGGACGUGUCCCACGUUCCUUUUCUAAACCUUUGGUUGAUGUUUUAUACAAACUGACUGGAAGAUAUUUGGAGUUAUGUAGACAUUGGUUACAGAUCUUAUUGGCUCAUGAAGGAUUUCCUUCUAGACUUGUGACGAAAGAAGAUAAAGAUACUUUUAUCAAAGGUAUCUUAGGUCAUCGAUCACUGAAGCGUUUCAAGGAAUAUACCAACGAAUUUUCAAAAAAAUGUCGUGGAUUAGGAAAUACAUCUUUUGGGGGUUUAUGAUACAUACAAUUUAGUUAGUUGUCUUGAAAUGCAAAUAAACUAUUCAAAAAAACCUUUUUCUCUGUG